UUAGCAGCAUGUUAUUCAAAGUAUAUACUCUGUAACAUUUGAGGACAAUUGUAGUAAUAAGUCUAAAAUCAAAGUAAGGUUUUGAUGUGUAACAAAAAAUUUCAAAAAGCUUAUUCAAGAGAUAGUGAAAACUGCAUUUUGGAGAACAAAAGAUGAAUGAGUUAGAGCAGUUUAAGUUUUAUGGACCCUCUCACGAAGAUAAAAACAAAGAUGAAUAUUUAAUAAACUAUGAUUCAACUUAUGUUGGUGGUAGCACUUCAGCUGUUGGUGGCCAAAAACACUUUACAAAUAGAUCACACUAUCAACGUUCAGAUGAUGUUAAUACACGAAUGACUUUUUCAUCAAACAAUGAUUCUUCUCCCAGAAGUACAUCUGUUAAUACUAGGCUCAUAUCUCGUCAACAUAGCAACAUGGAAAAAUUUACAUCCCAACUGCACAAGCGUUCAAAGUCUGAUGGAGGGAUGCAUACAACUAAUUUAUUCUCAGGAUCUAAUUUAAAUGUUCAAGCAUCAGAUUCAGAGAUUUCUGAAAGUGUAACAUUGUUUUGCAGCAGUGUUUCAGAGAAGUUAUUAUGUCGAUUGUGCACAAAAGUAUUUAAAGAUCCUGUCAUAACAAGCUGUGGGCAUACUUUUUGUCAGCGGUGUGUUCUUAGAAACCCAGAAGUUACUUGCCCUACAGAUGGUUCCAAAUUGGUAAUGGUUGUACUCAACCUAGCAGUUCGAGAACAAGUUGGUGAGCUAUAUGUAUAUUGUAAAUAUGCAUGCAUGCCAUCAUCUAAAGGCAUUCCUGGUGAAUUUGAAGUAAAUAAAAAUGGUUGCCCUGCUAAAAUAAAAAUGUCUGAAAAAAAUGAACAUGAAGAACAAUGUCAAUAUGCACCUGUUAGAUGCCCAAACAGCUCUAUUUGUCAAUUAAUGACAAAAAUGGACCUUAAAGAUCAUUUAGACCAAUGUCAGCAUGCUAGGUGUCCCCACUCUAAAUAUAACUGUAAGUUUGAAGGAACUUCAGAAGAAUUGGCUGAACAUCUACAAAGUUGCAGGUUUGAAGGGAUGAAAGAAUUCCUCAUUCACACUGAAAAAGAAAUGAAUGAAAUAAGAAGCCUUCUUGCUAAGAAAGAUCAGGAAAACGAUUAUAUGAGAGGUAUUAUUUCUAAGUUAACUGAAAAAAUUGAUCAGUUAGAAAAAUCAAUGGAAGUAAGAAUUGAUUUACUUGAUGAAAAUUUUACCAAACUCUCGUCUGAUUUUAUUGAAACAAGAAGGUGUCUUGGCCAUAUAGAGAAAGAAAUAACAAGUAUGGAUUCACGCACGUUUAAUAUUGGAGCAUUUGAUGUUCAAUCUGUACUUAAGUGUAAAGGAACAUUUGUCGGCCAUCAUGGCCCUGUAUGGUCAUUGUGUGUCUUUUCUUCAUUUUUAUUCAGUGGUUCUUCGGAUAAUUCAAUAAAGGUUUGGGAUACUCGAUCAAAUUACACAUGCGUUAAGACUUUUACUGAACAUUCUGGAAUGGUAUUGACAUUGUGUGCUUAUAGAGGAAAAUUGUAUAGUGGUUCUGCUGAUUGUACAAUAAGUGUUUUUGAUAUUGAAAGUUUAAAGUUAAUUGAAAAUUUUUCUGCUGAUGAAAAUCCUAUAUGUACAUUGGCUGUUGGAAAUGGAAUGCUUUUUAGUGGUUCAUUCAAAUCAAUCAAGGUUUGGGACAUUGGAGCCUUAAAGUUUCGUCAAGCACUUGGUGGUCUUAACCAUUGGAUAAGAGCGCUAUAUACUACAGAAAACAAUCUUUACAGUGGUUCAUUUGAAGCCAUAAAAAUUUGGGAUUUAAAAACAUUAGAACAAAUUCGAGUUAUACAAACACAAGGUGGAAGUGUAUAUUCAUUAGUUGUUUCUAGAGAAUAUAUCAUUUGUGGAACUUAUGAAAACUAUAUCAAUAUAUGGGAUGUCAAGACCUACAAAUCAGUUGCAAAAUUAACAGGUCAUGUUGGAACCGUUUAUGAUUUGGUUUUAAUGACAUUGGUUGAUGCAACUCGUGUGAUCAGUGCAUCUUAUGAUGGAUCUCUCAGAGUUUGGAGUUUAGAUAAUUUACAGUGUGUCCAGACAUUGUUUCGCCAUCAAGGUAGUGUAACAUCUUUAGCUGUUUGUCGUGGAAGGUUGUUUUCUGGUUCUGUAGACAGCACUGUUAAGGUCUGGUUGUAAUCAUUAAUCACUGGAAAGUCAAAGACACGAUGUUGUAAUAUAAUAUUUAUUGCUAUCAAAUACUAUAUAUUACUUGUUUCAUAAUAUUUUUGUGAGAUAAUGUCAAAGAUAUAAGUAUUUUCUCAAAAGGUUUUUGUGAGAUAAUGUUAAAACCUGAAGUGUUUUUAAUAAUAAUUUU